UGUUGCGUUUUGUUUUUGCUUGCGUGCGGUUGAUCCGCGGAUAGUUUUCUUUGAAAACUCGCAGAAAAAAUGCAAACUGAGGCGAGAUAAAGAAAAACUGCCCACCGACAGGCGUCGAAAGUGUGAACGAAGCGAAGAACAAUCGCUAUAAACAGGCGACAAACGACAACAAUUAGCGAGCGAGUAAAUAUCGUACAAUUUCCCGAAACAACAACAACACAACAACAAAGGCAGCCACAACAAAAAUUUAACUCAAUUAAAAAAAGGCAAACAACGGGAAAAUGCAAUUGAAAUGCAAAGAACAUUUAUAAAAAGUGCCGAUGUAUUUGCGUGGAAAUGGAGCGAUUUGUGAUUGCAGCGUUUUUCUUGUCUAGUGUUUUCCGCUGCCAGAAAAGUGUGCGCAGGAAAAUUGCUGACAAUUCGUGAAGAGGGAAGCGAAAAUUCGGUGGAAAAUUCAAUAGAAAAAACGCGGAAAACAGAAACACACGAAAAAUAAUAGAAGGAAAGAGAGAGAAAAUAAAUAUCUUUUGUGAAUGUGUGGGUGUGUAGGUGUGCGAAAGAAGAUCAUAGCGGAACGACAAGAACAGCAAUAACAAUAACACACAGCUGACUUCCUCUCUCUUUUCUUCCUGCAUACACUGUUCAAAAACUAAUAGUAAUUACUGAAAAUAAUGCAAGUACCAGCAGACACUUUAAAAACCAACAACGACUACUUCCAAACGCCGGCUUUUAAACUAGUCAACAAAAACAUAAAAUUAAUAACAAAUACUAAAAAACACAUAUCCCAAAAUCGACAAAAUACAAAUAAUUAAAAUUCUAAUCAACAAAGGAAACUAGUAACCGAAAACCAAACCAAAUUUAAGUGUUAAUUUCAAAUUUAAAAAUAAACACAUCACAAUGGAUUGGAUCAUCAACGAUGAGAUGGGCCUUACGGUGGGUCAUGUGGUCGGUUGGGCCGCCGCCUCGGCGAUGGUGAUCGGGGGCGUAAUCCCCUACGUUCCCCAAUACAUCGAGAUCAAGAAGACGCAGGAUGCGGAGGGAUUCUCACUCUAUGUGUGCCUAGCCCUGCUGGUCGCCAACUCGCUGAGAAUACUCUUCUGGUUCUCCAGCCGCUAUGAGCUUCCACUGCUGGUGCAGAGUGUCGUGAUGAACGUGACCAUGUUCCUGAUGAUCCAUCUGUGCGUGAAGGUGAAGCGGGUUAAUGCCAAUAACCGCGAGCACGCCCUUCGAGGCGACGAACUGCAUUUGCCCAAAGUCAUGACGGACACGGAUACGGGUGCCUCCGUUUCCACAGAAGCGGGCGGAAGCGUCUUGAAGCGAGUUCGCUCCCGGCAUUAUCUCAAUGAUCUGGAUUUCAAAUACUUUUGGAGCUGGACAGACUUUCAAUCGUAUCUGGACUUUAUGCUCGUCGUGUGGGCCGUUGGCGCCGCUAUAACAUAUCUGAUGCUGUCCGUAACUUGGUUCAUGGAAUCCAUGGGCUUUGUGGCGGUCUUCACUGAAGCCAUGUUGGGGGCGCCACAAUUUUUGCGCAACUUUAAGAAUAAAUCAACAUAUGGAAUGAGCAUACACAUGGUGAUCAUGUGGACGCUCGGUGAUAUGUUUAAGACUGGUUACUUUAUUGUUAGGAAAGCCCCAUCGCAAUUCUGGAUCUGUGGCACGCUGCAGGUCAGCUUGGACAUAGCGAUCCUGUCACAGGUGUGGUUCUACCGUAAGAAUUCCAAGCCGCGCGACCUGCGCCGCGGCGAUUAGCAGUUUGCCCCCGAAGAACAGCCACAGCACAUCAAUCACCACGAUCUACAUACAUCCCAUUCCGAGGAGCAUCAGCUUUCGUUGCCCGUCACAGUGAGCAGCAGUGGAGACGAUCAUCUGCUUACGGCUCGAGCGGAUGACGAGCACUUCAAGGUGCUGGACUUUGGUCAGUGCCACGAUAAUCGUGCGUUUCAAUAUCACAAUAAUAACAAGAUGUUGCCCAGACCAGGAGGCAGUGGCAAGAGUAAGGAUGAUAGCAGCAUGGCAGCUGCUUUGGAGGUCGUCAUUGUCCAUUCCCCGGCUUCCAAGGAGCAGAGACUGAUUGGCGAUCAGGAGGCGAGCGGGUGCUGUCGCAGGAAGCGAAACAAUGCCACCCAAACUAGAGUGGAGGGCGGUAGUUGCUGCUGUGUGAUCACCACCCACCAUCAUCACUGCCACUGCAAUCACCACAGACAUCAUCACCAUCAUCAUUGUCACUACAGGAGCACAAAGAGACGAGCUCUGCUGCACCAGAAGAGGAGUCACCAUCAUCAUAAUCAGCAGCAUCUGCAAAUCAAGCAGACGAAUCACAAACAAAUGCUUCCAUCUAACAACAACAAGUCUUCCUUGGACUCCAGCGAAGAGGGGAUGCAUCAUCAGGCCAUUGCCAUUGAAAUCGAUGCAGCCACAAUGAGCGAGGAUGGCGAGGAGAACAACAGCAGCACAGCCACAUCCAAUUUUCCCUAUAAAGUGGCCAGCGAAGGUGUGAAACCCAUUAUAAUGGCUCCCCUUCGUGAGCAACAUCGUCAUCGAAGAGGUUCCUUGAAUUCCAAUACCACAAUUGAAACCGAUGAGCUCUCCCAUGAUGAAGAUGAUGACGAUGUGCGGAUGGGUUCCCACCACUUGCCAGAAGAUGAGACCCAACUAACUCAGCCGGCAAUCACGAAUAGUUCCAGUAGCUCUACAAAAGGGGGUAAGCCUGCCUCCGCUCCAGCGCGAAAUGAGUGUGUAAGGAUCAAGAGAAAAAGGUUUAUAGCCGAAGCUGGACAGGAUUACUGUAGCAGUUGCUCGAGUUCCUGUUCCUGCAGCAGUUUGGAUAAAGAUCUGGAGGCUCACCAUGAAAUGACCGUGUCCGCAGAGUGUCAUCAAUGUAUUCCAGGUUCCCGGAGAGCAAGUUUCUGCUCUUGUCAUAAUUCCAGCUGCUGUUGUGGCUCCUGUUCCCAGGAAGAAGAAGAGGAGGAAGCAGAUGAUGAGGAUGACGAAACCACUGGACAAAGGGAGAGUUUUUGUACCGCUGUCGAUCAUACUAUAACUCCAUCGCAAGAGGGCGAUGAUAUGCACAGCAGUACAUUGACACCCCUCAGUACCCGGAGGUCUUCCUUUAUGGAUCAGGAUCAUGGAGAUCACACCAUGAGAAGUGAUAAUGGUGGAGGCAACCUAACCGAUGCAGAUGCCUCUUCACUAAGCCAAUCAGCAGAGUACUUUUCGCUUUCGUCGACCGCUGGAGGAGCUACUUCUUUUCCCAUCAAAGAACAGGAUAAAAAGGAUGUGCUGGAGAAGAAACAGGCGAGGGAUUUAAAAGAGAAGGAAGUGGAGCCACCGUCCUGCAAACACUGGAAUCGCAAUCCUCAUGGCAAACACAAACGAGGCUCCUCUCCUGUGGAUAGCUCCUUAUGACGAAGUGUCUCGCUGGUCGCCUGGCCAGCAAUCGAUGUGAAUGCCUUGCUGCAGCAGACCAUAAAAAAGUCAGCCGUGCUGCAGGAAACGCCGGUGCGUAGGAAAACCACUGCCAAACAUGGUCAAGGGACCACGGGAAGUAAUGAUUCCUCCACGGCCACACUAACGGCCAGUGUAGUGACUGUGGCCAAACAUCCGGGACCCGGACUAGUCACCACUGUCACCAGUUUAAAUGGAUGUGGAACCACCUAUAGCUACACCACCACCAUGGCUGCAUCUCUAAGUCCUGCAGCACCCAGCAAGAGAAACACCAAGUACUCGCCCCUACCAAAUUCCGAGGCCUACCAACGCGAUCCACUGCAGCAGAGCUCGACGGAAAUCAUCUUAUAACUCGUACAAACAUACCUCUGCACCUUUAGCUUAUAUACAGUGCAAUGCCGUAUAAGAGUCAAGGGUAAACUUCAUUAGUAGGAAGGGAUUAUACAAAAUCAUAACACCAAAACUCCUGGAGUGGGAUAACGAAAAACCAAAAUUCAUAAAGCUGUUCAAUUUGUUGUUAUUCGGGGGUAACAAAAACCAAGAUAAGGAUGUAGAAAAGGCAGCCCUAGUUUAUACAUUUAGAAUAUAAAUCCAAUGUACAUUAUUUUUUAUGUGAGAUGCAUCAAAAAAGUAGCUUAAAUUUAUAACUAGUUUCUAAUCUUUAGUUUCGGACCAUGUGAAUUUAAAGAAAUGGGUUUCAGCUGGGGAAGGGACCAAGCCAGAGUUGACAAAGCCUUGAAGUUUUCCAAAAUCCACGCAAAGACAUAUCCACUUUGUGCAAUUUUCUAGCUAAGAAAACUUCCCUCAGCUCGGGCCUCAAACCUUGUUUAGAUUUAACUUUAUAAAUCGUCAUUGUUUUUCUUGAAUAAGUCAAAUUCAUUUUGUAGUCCUGUAAGUUCAAUUUGUAUAAAAAACACAACAAAAUCAAACUUUAAUCUCGAUAUUAUUCUUUAAAGAAUUUUUUAUUUUAUAAUUUCCUAGCAGAAUUUAUUAGCUAAGAUCUAUAAAAAUUGAUACGAAAAUAAACGAAACGAAAGCAAAAUUA